AUGGACCUGCUCAGCGUCGCUGUCUUCGCCGUGCUGGCGGCCGUCCAAGCGCUGGGCCUGCUGCUGACCAAGGAGCAGAAGGCGGGCAUGUCCCGCCUGCUGGCGGCCCCGCUGCGCGCGCUGGCCGGCUGGCUGACCGCGCUGGCCGGCAGAGGCACCACCGGCCACCUGCCGCCGCGACCGUGGGGUCUCCCUGUCAUCGGCAACAUGGUCCAGCUCGGCCUCAAAACCAACCCAUACGAGUGCAUGACAGAUCUGAGCCGCCGCUUCGGCGCCGUCUACGGCCUCCGUCUGGGCGGCACCGAGGCCGUCGUCGUCAACGACAUGGCCAGCAUUCGCGAGGUGCUCGUCACCAAGGGCGACCACUUCGACGGCAGGCCCAACUUCCUGCGCUACCACCAGCUGUUUGGCGGCGACCGUGAUAACUCUCUGGCGCUCUGCGACUGGUCCAAGAAGCAGGUGUCGCGGCGGAACGUGGCGCGCUUCUUCAUGCACGUGCGGCCCGGCACCGACGUCUUCCAGAUGUUGAACGACUCGAUUCUAUCCGAGUUGACCAGUGUCGAGAAAAUGCUGCGAGAAACGCGCGGCCGACCCAUGGCCUUCAAGCCAUUCAUCCAGACGGUGUCCUGCAACAUCUUCAGCGACUACCUCUGCUCCUUCAAGUUCGACAUGCACGACCCCGAAUACCAGAAGCUCGUGCGCAACUUUGACGAGAUCUUCUGGGACAUCAACCAGGGCUAUGCGAUGGACUUCAUCGAGUGGCUCAAGAUCUUCCGCAUGGGGGCGCUCAGGAAUCUACAGCAGCUUUCUAGCAGCAUCCGGCAGUUCAUCAACGACAGGAUUGUCAGCCACCACAAGAAGACCAUCGACUACGACAGCCCCAGGGACUUUGUUGACAUGCUGCUCCGACGUAUGAACACUCAAGAGGGAGAGCACGAGCAAAUCUCGGAGACGACAGCGCUGUAUGAGCUGGAGGACUUCCUCGGAGGCCACUCCGCAGUCGGCAACAUCAUCAUGCAGACUAUCACACAGAUUGCCCGGAAUCCAGACGUGAUGGUCAAGAUUCAGGAGGAGCUGGACGAGCGCAUCGGAGACAGACAGCUGUGUCUAGAGGAUCGGCCCAGCCUGCCUUACACGGAGAGCACAAUGUACGAGGCGCUGCGCGUCUGCUCAAGUCCCAUCGUGCCGCACGUGGCCUCGCGCGACUCCACCAUCGGCGGCUACGACGUUCACCAGGGUGCCAUCGUCUUUAUCAACAACUACGAGCUGAACAUGAGUCCGCAGCUGUGGUCAGAGCCAGAAAAGUUCAACCCGGCCCGGUUUGUGCGGAACGGUGUCAUGGUGAAGCCGUCGCACUUUCUGCCCUUCUCCACCGGCAAACGCAGUUGCAUGGGCUCCAAGAUGCUAGCCAACAUUGCCUUCCUCACGGUGGGCACCAUCCUGUCCAAGUUUGAUGUACUGCUGCCGGAGGACCCCGAAAACAUGCGCAUGGUGGAGGAGCACAUGCGGCCCGGCUGCCUGGCGCUACCCGUCGACUCGUUCAAGAUCGCCUUCAGGGAACGGGCGUCGGCGUGAGCUGACUGGCGUCCGCUGGCGGAAACGCUCGUCAGUGCUGGCAUCACGUAAGGAAAUAGCCCAGCGUCACAUCCUCGGCACAAAACGUAAAGUUGCUCUGACAAACCGAACCACCGCAGCGCCGAAUUCACCCCCAUGUCAGUAUGGUUCCCGUGCUGUUGCGCGGGCGUCGCUGGCGCUCACACCUAGGCGUUUUCUAGUUAUCAGUUUCUGCAGAAUCGCAAUGCUAAAGGCCCCAUUCAUCUCGAACUGCUGGCUGUGAUCUCCAGAACUUGAUCUCCGUCGAUGGGUCUGCUCCCAUCCCACCGAUCCACCCGACCCCUGCUCAUCGUCUUCCGUCGGAAAGGCGACUGGCUAGUGCCGGGCCCACUCGACAACAAGCCGAAUAUUUGUAUUUAUUUUUUCGUGGUUAAGAGCAGGGCCGAUAACCUAGCUUCUGCGUAGGUGGCUGAGGUCUCUCGUUGCUAUUCUACAUAAUACUUACCGAUUUAUAACUCUUCCGAGUAGAGCUCCCUCGUUGUUUUGCACAUAUGCGGGCAGUAACAUAGGGCAGGCACCUAUGAUAUUAACAUUGUGAUAUUAGCGGGCACCCGCAAGUCGCGCGGAUAGCAGCAUUGGCAAGUCCAGGUUUUCGCUACACCGUACCCGCAGUGGCGAGGGCCGCUUUGCACGCUGUUCAUUUGUUCUUGUUUUGUUUGUGAGCCUCACACGGCGAACGCAUCACCACCAUCGGACACCCGGGCUGUCUGACACCACCACCACUUCAGACACUCGGGCUGUCUGACACCACCACCACUUCAGACACUCGGGCUGUCUGACACCACCACCACUUCAGACACUCGGGCUGUCUGACACCACCACCACUUCAGACACUCGGGCUGUCUGACACCACCACCACUUCAGACACUCGGGCUGUCUGAAGCCACCACCACUUCAGACACUGGGGCUGUCUGAAGCCCAUGAUGACCCCAGUCGAAGGUGAUCACGAGAUCGGGCACCGGUAGUACAUGGUCACGUGUCCAUCUGCAUUGAGGAGGUGUGAGGAGGUGAUGUGUACCUUGAAGGAGGAGGUGGCCGCACGUCCCCAGAAGCCGGCAGGACGCGCUAUGUGCAACUGAGAUGGAACACAGCUGGGUGGAGAUUAGGUACUUAGGCUGGUACCUGGGCCUGUCAAGUAUAUUCAUGGUGCUUGGAGUUUGGCUUUAAAUGGAUGCUCCGUCCGUUAGAGUCUAAUCUUUGUUUCGACUCGAGACUCCAUUGAUCUGCUGGAGCCUUCUAUGAUCAUGGUUGAAGAUAUUCACUGUGUACAAAGGCUGUAACCUCUGUUCUUCGAUACUCCCUUUGUUGUUGUUAUUGUCAAUAAACUAUGAGUGAAAAUGAA